AUGGCGUUAUGGAUUUUGAAGGAUUACCAAAAUCAGGAGUGGGUUAAGCGGAGUAUCAACUUUCCUGAUCAAUGUAGCCAGUUGGGAUGGCCUCUUCCUGCAUGCUCUAUCCACACUGGAGAGCUCUUGUUAUAUGGUCCCCUUCCACUGGUUAUUAAGCUUCGUAGUUUUGGUGGUUUUACUGUGCGCAUGGAAAAAGGAUACGAGGAUGCCAAACCAGUCCUUGCUGCUUUAAAGAGUCAUGGUGUUUCUGCAAAGGGAGCUGCAGGAUUUUGCUGGGGAGGGGUUGUAGUGGCAAAACUUGCAAAAUCUGAUGACAUUAAGGCUGCUGUGAUAUUGCAUCCUGGCCGGUUAGCAGAUGAAGAUAUACAUGAGGUUAAGGUUCAUACUGCAAUAUUGGGAGCUGAGAUUGACAAAACUUCACCCCCAGAACAAUUGAAACAAUUUGGGGAGAUUUUAUCAGUGAAGUCUGAGUUUGAUAGCUUUGUGAAAAUAUUUCCUGGAGUGGCUCAUGGAUGGACAAUGAGGUACAAUGCAGAGGAUGAAUCUGCAGUCAAGAGUACUGAAGAGGCUCAUUUGGACAUGUUAAAUUGGUUUACCAAGUAUGUCAAGUGAGAAAACAUGUAGGAAGUGAGCUUUGAAGCUCAACAAAGCUCAACAAUCCUUGGAACAUUGCAAACUCUGCUUCUGCAUGAUAGAG